AUGUACGGGCUGCUGCUCGAGAACCUAUCCGAAUACGUGAAGGCCGUCUACGGAGAGGAGAAGUGGGAUGACAUCCGGCGACAGGCGGGCAUUUCGUCGCCAUCGUUCAGCGUCCACGAUGACUACGACGAGAACCUGCUCAACACGCUGGCGACGAAAGCGCAAGAGAUUCUGGGCGUCUCGGAGCGUGACUUCAUGGACCAGAUGGGAGUGUACUUCGUCAACUUCGUCAGCCAGUACGGCUACGAUCGCGUGCUGUCCGUGCUGGGGCGCCACAUGCGCGACUUCCUGAAUGGAUUGGAUAAUUUGCACGAAUACCUCAAGUUCUCGUACCCGCUGAUGCGUGCCCCGAGCUUCAUCUGCGAGAACGAAACGCGCCACGGUCUCACGCUGCACUACCGCACCAAGCGCAAAGGGUUCGUCUACUACACAAUGGGUCAAAUCAGGCAGGUGGCACGUCAUUUCUACAACAAAGAGAUGCAAAUCGAACUGAUCAAGUCGGACUUGCUGGGCGAAACGAACCACUACACGUUCCAGCUGACGUUCGACAACCGGGCCUUCUCGCUGGCCAGCCUGGCGAUGACGCGCGAGGAGAAGCACCUCCCGAUCAGCGCUUCGGUUCUGUUCGAGAUUUUCCCCUUCUGCAUCGUCUUUGGGUCCGAUAUGGUCGUACGGAGUAUAGGCAACUCGCUGAUGGUGAUUUUGCCGGAUUUGUUGGCGAAGAAAAUAACGGACUGGUUCGAGCUGAGGCGCCCGCUGAUAGCCUUUAAGUUUCAAACGAUACUCAACCGCACGAACAACAUCUUCGAGCUGGUCACCAUGCAGGCAGUGAAAAAGCGUCCGGAAAAUCAGAGGAAAAUGGAACUGAAACUCUCCGAGGAGGAAGACGAAGAGGACGUGGAAAAGCGGCUUCGCUUGAAGGGGCAAAUGAUCUACAUGGAGAACUGGUACAUGAUCAUGUUUCUCGGGACACCGGUGAUGCCGAAACUGACGUCACUCAUUAGCACCGGUCUCUACAUCAACGAUCUCUCGAUGCACGACUUCAGUCGUGAUCUCAUGCUGGCCGGCACACAGCAAUCGGUCGAGCUGAAGCUGGCGCUGGACCAGGAGCAGCAAAAGUCGAAAAAGUUGGAAGAAUCCAUGCGCAAGCUGGACGAGGAGAUGCGCCGCACCGACGAGCUGCUGUACCAGAUGAUCCCGAAGCAGGUCGCGGAUCGGUUACGGCGCGGCGAGAAUCCGAUCGAUACGUGCGAAAUGUUCAACAGUGUGUCAAUUCUGUUCUCCGACGUCGUAACCUUCACCGAAAUCUGCUCCCGGAUCACCCCGAUGGAGGUGGUCUCGAUGCUGAACGCCAUGUACUCGAUAUUCGACACGCUGACCGAGCGGAACAGCGUCUACAAGGUGGAGACCAUCGGCGACGCGUACAUGGUCGUGUCGGGCGCUCCGGCCAAAGAGCAAAACCAUGCUGAAAAAGUCUGUGAUAUGGCGUUGGAUAUGAUCGAGGCGAUAACGGAUCUGAAGGAUCCCUCGACCGGUAGCCAUCUGCGGAUACGGGUCGGCGUCCAUUCCGGGGCCGUGGUGGCCGGCAUCGUCGGUCUGAAGAUGCCCCGGUACUGCCUGUUUGGCGACUCCGUGAACACCGCCUCGCGGAUGGAGUCGACGAGCCAGGCGAUGCGAAUACACAUAUCGGAGUCGACCAAGCAUCUGCUGUCCGGUGGCUAUCACGUCAGCGAACGGGGCGAGAUCGACGUGAAGGGCAAGGGCUCGAUGAAGACGUACUGGCUGGACUACCGGGAGAACCGGCCGCCGUUGCAGCUGCUGGCCGAGGACAUCAAGAGUCCGUCGAUCGAGUACAUCGAGACGGCCAAGGAUCGUCGGCUGAGCAUAGCGUCGUACGGCUGUGCGCAACAGCACCGGCAGUCCAGUGGCGGGCUGAGUUCGGCCGGCCUGGAAGAUCGGCGCGUGUACUCACCGGUCACCUUCGAGGAUGUGGCACGGCGAAGUAUAGCCAACUCGCCGGUCAAACUGCAUGCGUUCGGACCGCGGGGACGUGAGAACCGCUCCAACUCGACGGGUCACGCGUUUAUGCACAGCGUUUCGGACGUGUUCGGAUCGCUCGUCAACGACACGGAAGACUUCCUCGAGGACCUGCAGCACCGGAGCUCACUCAGCAACACGGUCUACACGGGAUCGACACCCUCGCCGUGUCCGUUCAGUCCGCCACCACCGCCAUUCCGCACCAAGUCCAAGUCUUGCUACCCGGCACAGUUCAUGGAGUACGAGCGCGAUGGUGUGACCGGGGCCAGUAAAACGAUGCCACAGGAAGUACCCAAGAAGCCCAAAGGUAUCCUGGCGACGAAGACGAUCACCGGUGAGCAGGGGGCCUCCAACUCGUACGAUCAGAAGGCGAAGGUGCGCAUGGCGAAGCUGGAGUCGGUGAAGCAGCAGCAGACGAUGGCGCUCGAGAAGCUGGACCAGAUGGUGCAGGAGAUCUACGAUGCCGGCGAGCUGCCGGGCAUGUGUUUCGUCAACCCGCCGGCGUCCCGCUCGGACGGGAACAUCUGCCAAUCGAACAACUGCACGCUCGGUGGUGGUGGUAGUAGUAGGUCCGUAGGGGACGAGUGCACUAGCGACACCUCGACCUGCCACGCACUCUAUACGUUGAACCUUUACUUUCCCGUUUCAUGCCCGUCCGUCACCUGCUCCUGCGCACGCUCGUCCGCCGCUGUGUCCGGUAGUAGAUCGGGCCCAGCCGGUGCCGGCCUUCCGGCGGUAUCCGGCGUCAGUCCAGCCGCGGCAACGGCAGCGACGGCGGCGGCGGUGGCCGCGGCCCCACCAGUGCCCGUCUGUGACCAGCACGCUCACCUUCCGCGGCACUGUCACGGCUGCGAUCCGUCCCCGUCGUCGGGCCCGCCGGGGAAGGUUCCGCAGAGCAUGAGCUUCUCGCAUGCGAAAGAGCACAAGUGUUGUCCGGGGGCCGCCGCCUACGCUGCCCAGCACCACCAGAACGGACGCCACAGGGUGCACUCGAACGCCUGUCACAUCCUGUAGAGGGCCGAUUCCCGUAGUUCGCACGCUCUGCACCC